GUAAUAAGUGUGCGUCGGCGGACCGCGCGUCCGGCGCAUGUGCGGAGGGGCGGCACCCAACUGAUUCUCGGAGGCGACAGUUGACUUGUCCUUAUGUGAAUGGGAGCCAGAAAACCUUGCGAAGUUCGGACCAAGCAGUAGCUUCUUCCUCGACGUGGACAUGGCACAAGAGAAAAUGGACCUAGACUUGGAGCUGCUGCAGAGUUCAGCCACCCCAGACGACUCGCUGAAACGAUCCAACAGCGCCCCUUUGAUCAGUGGGCUUGGUGAUAAUUCACAGGUAUUCCAAGCUGACACGUUAACAACUAGAAGAAAUAGCACAACGCUUAUGACCCAACAAUGUCCGGUCAAUGUGAAGCCACUAAAGAAUUCUAAGUCUGGGACUGACAUGACCAGAUUUGCAUCUUUGAAAGACUACCCUGGCUGCAAAGCGUUUUUGCCACCUUCUUCCGUUCCCGUUCCUAUUCAUGCUUCCUUUGGUCGCCUUCACCAAAUCAAACAGGAAGAAGGCAUGGAUUUAGUAAAUAGAGAAGCAAUGCAUGAAUGGGAGGUACAAACUGCAAAACAGAUAAGUCAGUCUUGGGAAGAAAGCUUGAAACUGAGUGCCAGUGAUUUAGAGAAACCAUCUUCAAAGUGCAUUGGUUUAAUUCCAGUACCCCCAGCACCUUCUCCCACCAGGGGGAUUGGGAAGCAAUAUUUUUCUCCAUCGUUACAAACUUAUGUGAAUUACACCGCUCUGUCUCCAAGUCCUAGUCCCAGUCCUACGCAACAAUUUCCAAUAAGAAGAAAUCAAAGCCCCACCAACAUUAUUAGACCAAGUAUCUUUGGAUCAUUAAAAAGAAAAGGUGAAAUGAUAGCUAAAGAUCCGCCUAAGAGAUUUUUCGAAGGCUCGACCAACAUGCUUUCUCCCGAUACUACCCAGCAGUCUGAUGUGAAUGUUUGAAGGCAUUUUACAGGGGGAAUCUUGCAUUUCAUAAAUAUUUAUAAGUCAACUUCGCAAUACUGAUCGGAGAUCAAAGCGACAUUUACCAGAGGUUCUCUUUCAGCUUCAAAAGCUGAAAAUCUGGUCCUGUCCGUCCAUGACAGUUGCUGAGAAGAAAGCAAUCUACUGGCUGCUACCUAGUCCCUGGUCUUGGUACAGCAGAAAAUCUGGGCACUGCCUGCAUGGACAGAGAAGACUCUUGCCUACAGUAAAUCAAAGAGGCAUUACUCCCUGUGGUAUCCAAAUAAACACUCUAGGGUGAACAAACUGAUAGGGAUCUGUGAAUUAAUGUAAUGACAAGCAGAUUUGUUUUUAAUUCCUCAUAGAUAAUGUUGCAAUUUCAAGGACAGCUGCUAUCACAUUCAUCUAUCACUAUCAAAAAGUUUCCAUGUUUUUCUAUGGAAAAUUUUAUCUUCCUCCUCUUAUAAUAGGGUUGGAAGAAGAUAAUGAGAAGUUAAGAGGGAGGAGGACUGACGUCCAAAGAGUUGAAUAUGAGGAUAGUGUCAAUGUUGAAAGAAUAUAUCAUAACGCUUCUGAAUAUCUAAGCUGGAAGGAAAUGAGGAAUGGAGAGGGAUUCAAUUAAUAGCCCACAGGGGAUAUUAUAAUCUACUUAGUUUAAUUAACUUCAACUUUAAUGAGAUUUUUUUUUUUUU